AUGGAAUCGCUUCAACUGACUGAGUUGGACAUUCAGUCUUUCUUGGGCACGAAUAAGUGUGAGCUGGCUUCCCAAAAAUUGUACGUGGAUUCAGUGGACUGUUCCCAGCUAGACAUACUGGAUCCUAUUCAUGAACGUGCAUUGGUCUUCAGCGAGUACAUGAGUCAAGACGUUAUAAAUCCGAGAAUCAACAUAUACACUCAGAUUCCUCCACAUUACUCAGAACACCAGUCGUUGCCUCAAGUGGUACUAGAUGCAACUGCUGUCAUCCACGAGGAGAAAUAUCCAGGGGAAGGAUCUGUGUUACCAUCCCCUAUUGUCAACUUUCUGGAACCAGGACAAAGCCCAGAGCAAUCUGAUGUUACAAGUUACUACAGUGACGACAGCUGUUCGACAUCUCGGCAUGUGCCAGAAUUUAGUCAACUCACUUCGCCCGGGGUUGAUGCUCCAAGCACAAGCUUCCAGUGGUCUAGAAGCAGUAACAUUAAGAGAGAGCAGUACACUUUUCAACAAUCUGAUGCCUCAUAUUUUGGGUUGAAACUAGAAGAAUUUGAGCUUUCGUCUAGCCAACAAUCAACACAGAAAGGAACUUCAGAUGUGGCUUCUUUUCCUUUUGUAACAUCUAGUACAUCGCUUCCUUCACCAGCUUCCACCGUUUACUCAGUUUCAAGUCCUGGCACUCCUGGAACUUUAUCGUCAACACGAGGCCGCCGUCCUCAUGGUUCAAUAAUUCCAUAUUCAACCAAAUCAAGGCGCAGACAGGCGGAGAAAGGAACUCAAGAGUAUGUGGAGAAACGAGCCCGUAACAAUGUUGCCGUGAGAAAAAGCCGUGCCAAGGCAAAAGAAAAACAAAGAGAAACGGAAGGAAGAGUUCGACAUUUGCUCGAACAAAAUGAACAACUCCAGAAAAAAGUUGAUUUGCUAACAAAAGAACUAACAGUUCUAAAGGGAUUGUUUACAAACAUUGGCUCUUCUAUACCAGACGAAUUUCUGAAAAUGGUAGGAGAUUCUUGA